AUGGAUAUCUCCGAUUUUCGCUGCUAUCUCGUCACGCGAGAUGAGAACAAGCAAGUCACCAAUGCAAUCGCCAAGCAGGGCAUCGACGACCUGUUGCCCGGCGAGGUACUGAUCCGCGCGGCCUAUUCGUCGCUGAACUACAAAGACGCCCUGGCCGCCACGGGGCAUCCGGGCGUGGUGCGUAAUUUUCCCCACGUGCCAGGGAUCGAUGUCGCAGGCACCGUCGAACACAGCGGGGUCUCGGAUUUCGCAGCCGGCGAUAAGGUGCUGGUCACAGGGUUCGACUUGGGGGCGGCCUCCUGGGGUGGGUACUCCGAAUUUGUCCGCGUGCCGGCCGGGUGGGUGGUGCGAUUGCCCGAGGGGCUGACACUGCGGGAGAGCAUGAUCCUCGGCACCGCGGGCUUCACGGCAGCUCAAUCGGUUCAGGCCUUGUUGCACAACGAAGUCGGACCCGAGGACGGCGAAGUGCUGGUCACGGGGGCCAGCGGCGGCGUGGGCUCGAUGGCCGUGGCGAUGUUAGCCAAGCUGGGCUUCAAGGUGGUGGCCGCUACGGGGAAGCCCGAGGGCGUGGAGUUGGUGGAGAAGUUGGGUGCUACACGUGUGAUUGGCCGGGAUGAGUUGGUCGAUUCCAGCAGCCGACCGUUGCUUUCGGCUAAAUGGACUGGCGUGAUCGACACCGUGGGCGGUGACGUGCUGGCCACCGCGAUUCGCUCGACUGACAUCGGCGGCUGUGUGACCGCUUGUGGAAUGGUGGCCGGGAACGACCUCUCGCUGAGCGUGUUCCCCUUCAUCCUGCGAGGCGUAACUCUGGCGGGGAUCGAUUCGGCCAACUGUGCCAUCGAGAAACGCCCCGAGUUGUGGGCCAACAUGGCGGGCCCAUGGCGUCCUACAGAUCUCGAAUCGAUGGUUGCCGAGACCGUGACGCUGGAUGCGUUGAAUCCCGCGAUUGAGAAGAUCCUGAAGGCACAGGUUGCAGGGCGGACGCUGGUUGAAAUCGGUGGUGAAUAA